GGGAGUGGAUCGCUGCGAACCCCCCAAGUCCCCCUGGGCUGGGGGCAGGGCGAUGUGAAUCCAAAUGGAGCACUCUGAAGGAGGAGACCAAAACCAGCAGCAACAGCCUUGGGGGAAGCUGAUCCGGUUAGGUGCUGAUGAAGCAGAGCCCCAUGUCUUACUGCUGAAAAGAGAAUGGACAAUUGGGCGGAAAAAAGGUUGUGACUUGUCCUUUCCUGGCAACAAACUGGUGUCUGGAGAUCACUGUAAGAUUACAGUGGAUGAAGAAUCUGGACAAGUAUCAUUGGAGGAUACCAGCACUAAUGGAACAGUAAUUAAUAAACUGAAAGUGGUUAAGAAGCAGACAUGCCUUUUGCAGACUGGGGAUGUGAUCUAUGUUGUUUACAGGAAGAAUGAGCCAGAAAACAAUGUUGCUUAUCUCUAUGAAUCCUUCAAUGCAAAACAAGAUGUAACACAAGAGCUAGUAGAAGCUAAUGUAGAAAAUACGUGCCAUCUGACCAAAGAUACCUCACAUAUAGGAAGAAGUGAUGAUGGAACCCAAAUUACCUCAUCACUGCCAGCCACUCAGUCUUGCUAUGAGGAACCACAGCCAUCUACUUCUACAUCUAACCUCUUUAAUGCUUCUUCUACCUCUCUUAUCGAGCGGGCAUCUGCUGAGCAGGAUAAUCCUUCAACAUCUGGAUCACAGUCCUCUAUUUUCAUUCCUGUGCCUGCUUUCCCCACUCUAGAACCUAGGUGUCCUGGAGCAUCACAUGAAGAACAAGGACAGCUGUAUGCAAAUAGUGAAACUUCCACUAUCACUUCAAAUAUCAUUGAUAAAGAGAAAAAUGAAAGUUCUACAUCAGAGCCUCAAAGGGAAGAGGAGGAGGACUUGGAGCCUGCAAAGAAGAAAAUAAAAGGAGAUGAGAAUGCUAGUCCAUAUCUUCAGAUGACAGCUCCAAAUCAAUGUAUAAUUAAAGCUGGAUCUGAAGGUGCAAAAACAACUAAUGUGAAACCAGACAAAAUGGAAGAAACACUCACUUGCAUUAUCUGCCAGGAAUUGCUGCAUGACUGUGUCAGCUUGCAGCCCUGCAUGCACACCUUCUGUGCUGCCUGCUACUCAGGGUGGAUGGAACGGUCUUCUCUCUGUCCAACUUGCCGUUGUCCAGUUGAACGUAUCUGUAAGAACCAUAUACUGAAUAACUUGGUUGAAGCCUAUCUAAUCCAACAUCCAGAUAAGUGUCGUAAUGAAGAGGAUGUACGUAGUAUGGAUGCCAGAAACAAAAUCACUCAAGACAUGCUGCAGCCUAAGGUGCGAAGGUCAUUUUCAGAUGAAGAAGGAAGUUCUGAGGAUUUGCUGGAACUGUCUGAUGUAGAUAGUGAAUCCUCAGAUAUCAGUCAGCCUUAUAUAGUGUGCAGACAGUGCCCAGGAUAUCGGCGACACUCCAUUCCGCCACUUCCUUGCCCAGGCCAAGAGGGGGAAGCAGGAGGAUUGCAAGCAUUGGGAGAUGCACCAUCGACGUCUGCCAACUUUCCUGCAACUGUCCAGGAGUAUGUUUGUCCUUCUCAAGGAAGUCAUGUAAUAUGCACCUGCUGUUUUCAACCAAUGCCAGACCGAAGAGCAGAGCGUGAACAGAAUCCCAAUAUUGCCCCUCAGCAAUGCACAGUUUGUCUACAGCCGUUCUGUCACUUGUACUGGGGCUGCACUCGGAUGGCAUGUUUUGGCUGCUUGGCACCAUUCUGUGAAAUAAAUCUUGGUGACAAGUGUUUAGAUGGAAUCCUAAACAACAACCAUUAUGAGUCGGAUAUUCUAAAGGAUUACCUGGCAUCCAGGGGUUUUACAUGGAAAAAUAUGUUAAAUGAAAGUCUCUUAGCUCUUCAAAGAGAAGUUUUUAUGCUGUCAGAUUACAGAAUUACUGGGAACACAGUGCUUUGUUAUUGUUGUGGCCUCCGCAGCUUCCGAGAGCUCGCCUACCAGUAUAGGCAGAAUAUUCCUGCUGCUGAAUUGCCAGUGACUGUCACAUCACGUCCUGAUUGUUACUGGGGGCGCAAUUGCCGGACUCAGGUUAAAGCACACCAUGCUAUGAAAUUCAAUCACAUUUGUGAACAAACACGUUUCAAGAACUGAACUUUCUGAAAUUGAAGCUGUCUGAAUAUUUGUAGUCUUUAG